CUGUAUAGUGAAAUCCAUAGGCGUCGCCUAAAUUAAUUUCAUCAAACUAUAUUGUUAACUGGAUUGUAUUGUAACUUUAUUUGUCCGUGCACUGUGUAAGAGUACUAACUGGGUUGAAAACAGCGUUUAUCAAAUUGAAAAAUGAUGAUUAAUACUUCUAAAUAUGACAAAAGCUUUAUUUUCUUAGUGUAUAAUGUUAUCAUGAUCAUUUCAACAGUAUCAUUCAAUAUUACUGCUGAACCGAAUAUAAGUAAUACAGACAAAUACGCUCCAGAUUAUGAUAUGAUCCAGAUAGAGGAUUUACCUGACUAUUAUAAGUAUUAUUUUCGUCCUUCCGUUUACGCGGGUCAACUGAAAAUUUUUCCAGUAAUGUUUUUCAGAUCAAUUUAUAAUUGUAAAUACUUGGUAUUACCAGACUUAAAAGACCGUUAUGACUAUGGAGAAUAUAGUCAAAAAUUUUAUGAAAGAUUAUUAAACUUAAAUCAUCAAUACAAAACAUCGAAUAAGAUAAUUAAAAAACAAGAAAAUAAUUACGAUAAGCUGCUUGCGAACUAUUCCAAAGUAACGAAAGAAGCAUAUGAUGCAGUAAAAAAGUACGAAGAUCCAGUGGAAAUGGACAAUAGAGAUUCAAACAGAAAAUUGAAAGAUGAAGCAGUACAAACUUAUCUAAAUACUGAAAUGGAAAUCUCUUCGGAUGAAGAGCUUCAUGAUGAAUUCAAGUACAUAUAUGCAAAUUAUGAAGUUCAUGCAUAUCCAACAGAAAAGAUCUUCUACCCUUCCACGGUUAGGCAAAGUGAAAAUGACAAUUCUUUACAAACACUGUUUUUCAACUGCAAUAACCUAAACGCUGGAGAAUAUCAUGAAGUUAUGUUUUUAUACAAAUUCAUAUCAAUCAUUAAGGAGGAUGAAAGUUUUUUUACGACAACAAUACUAAAUAUAUUGAUUACAUUGGGACAGUGCGUUCCGGUUAAAUUGCAUCCGCUUUUAAAGGGUAAGUAAUUUUGAUUCAUUCGUUAUUGAUAAUCGUUUUAAACUAUUGAAUAAUUGAAUGUACUUUAUUUAAGUUAAUUUAACUUAAUGAUGCUCUAAGAACAACAUUUAAUUUUUUUUAUUUUUACUUGCAGUAAUCGAUAAAACACGUUAAUUUUACUUUUUAUUUUGUCUAUUUUAUCUUAUCUAAUAUUAUCAUUAAUAUUGCUGAGUGAUUAAUUCUCUGUUAUUGUAUUGUGCAGAUUAUACGGGUAAAUUUAUUACUUAUUAGUAUAAGAUAUACUGUGGUGGAGGGGAACAAACUUUUUAUUUUUCUUCUGUUAACUUUUGCCAAAAGAUUGUUUUUGUUAUUUUUAGUGGUAAAACGAGUUAUGAUCAAGCAUAUUUAAGAAAUAUGUGGUCAAUGGCUAUCAGAAUUUUUUUUUGUAUCGGUUGAGUUUCUUUAUACAGUUUUUAAAGGCACCUUGACAGUCGUUAUUCAACCAUGGAACAUUUUUUACCCUAGGGUUUUGGUUGGUCUUAAGUCCAAUUGAUUUAUUUCCUGAAUCUAACAUAGUGUCCGUGAAUUUAUUAACUAUUGAGUCAAUUUUCUCUUGACUAUCAUAUAGAUGUUUAUCUAGUUAAAUGUUGCUGAGGGCAUGUUCGUUUAAUUCAUAGUAAAGGUCCAAGAUUAGGUUUUUAAGAUUCCAGUAAAUUCUUUGAUUAAUUUAGGUCGAAUAGUCAAGGGAUUGGAUACAUAUAGGCCAGUAUUCGUUGCUACUAUAUGUCAGAUUCGCCGAAAAAGUUCCAUUGCCAAUGUUGUGUCGCAUUAGUUAAUUAUUGUUGAGAAGGAAAAGAGACUCAUCGUCUAGCAAUUCUUCUACUGAUUUUUCCCGAUCAUCGGUGUGAGAGCAACCCCACAUAUUUUGGCUGUUGAAGUCACCCAAUAUUACAAAGGGUUUAGGGAGUUGCCUAUAAUGACUGCAAUAUAAUGUUUCGUAGAGGUUAACUAUCAGCAAUAUAUAUAUUGCAUAUUCAUAAGUGUCUCAAAAAUUUUACGAAUGUAGCUUUUAAUUCAAGGUCAGGCAUUGUAGAGAUGUUUUCGUUUACGAAUAUUACUCAUGAAGGUGACAACGCCGCCACUUGUUUUGUUUCUAAAAACGCCCGAGUAAAUGUUAAUGUGAGCAGUGUGGUUACACUUUAGAUUGGUUUCUUAGAAGCAAAUAUUUGGCAUUGAAAAUCAUAGACAAUGCGGUUGAUGUCGACUGAGCGUUUGUAGAAUGUGAAUGUUUCAUGGGAUUAUUGUGCUCACAGUUAAAUGUUGAAAGAAGAGAGAUGGAGAUUCUUGGGUUGGUUGUUUAGGUUGACUUUUGUUAAUCUGAAAGGGGGUCUUCAGUUUGAGGCAUAGAGUGGAAUUAGAAGUUCGUUAAACGGUCAUUCUAGCUUUCAUAUUUCUAUCAGCCAGUAAAGGUAUUAAUUUGUCAGACAUUUUGUGAACCACAGCUAGAUACAAUAUUACUGUAUAUUUCGUGUACGUUUAGAUUUUUGCUAGCGACAGUUUCUAAAAUAACCUUGAACGAGAUAAGACCUAUGGGGGUGUCAUUAUUUUGGAAGAUAGCUGUAGCAUACUCGAGUUGGAUAUCUAAUAUUUGUGCUUCUAGUUGAUGAGGUAGAUCUUGAUCUAGAGUUACUAGUUUAAAGUUUUUCUUGGUGUGAGUGAUUGUAUUAGAUAUAUUAUGAGUUGGUGUUACAUUGUCUAAAUCAAGGAUUGGAUGUGUCGAAGGAGGGGCAGGAGAUCAUAGCUAACGGGUGGAUUCUGAGGCUGACCUUUGGACGUUCUUCUUCUCUUCUCGAGUAUCCAUAACAACAUCGUCGGUGACUUUAUGACUCGGCGAGUUAGUAUCAACACUACACCUUUCGUUUUCAAUUUUAACUGUGUCAUUAGUUGUAAAAAUACGAUGAGGUUUGCCCAGGUUGACCGUGAUUGAAAACUGGAGUUUUUUCAAAUCAUCCAGAUUGAUGAAUAGUUGUUUGCGUUAUGUGAGUGAAUUGAUUGGUUGAAAACCAGCCUUUAAUGGUGCGAGAUGGUAUUCUGACAUUUAGAUUUGGGAGAAGAUUGAUAGUUGAGUUUUCUAGAAAUGGGAAUAUACAUAUUAGAAUGAUUCGUUUCGACUGGAUUAUCAGUAUACGUAGGUAUCGGUAUUUUUAUGUUAUCUAUAAAAAUUGUUGAAUGCUUAUUGACAAGUUCGUCGACCAUUAGUUGAUUUUUAAUGAAAAUACAAAAUCUUUUAUUAGAAAUGCGUGAAGCAGAGAUAAUGUUUGUUCCUUCGGUAAUUUGACUCAGUGCUGAGAGCGAUGAUGUAUUGGUUUUGUUUGACGCCAUCUAGUGAAUUGAGAACACAAAAGCUUGGUUCAUUUUAGGUAAGUAGGAUAAAAAGGAGAGUUCAAAAACCUGAUCCACUGAUCCCACUGAUCCCUGAUCCUG